GUUUGCAGCUUAAUGUUUGUCCAUUUGUUGAGACACCACAACCACCGGAUCAUGAUUACCUCCAUACUGCAUCUCUUAACAUAAGUACACAAACCACGAUGACCAUGGAUGACGUAAAUGUUCUAGAAAGUACAGCUAAACCACCAUCUUCAAAAAAACCAGGACAAGGUGUAGUCAACUGUGCAACUGAGACUGAUGAGAGAGUAAAUUUCUAUACAGGAUUGCACUCAAAGUCUAUUCUCCAGGGUGUUUAUGACUCAAUUAGUGGGGGUGUUGAUCAACUAAAGUACUGGAUAGGUGCAGAGAGUACUUUUGAUCAUCAUAACAGUGGGCGACAAAGACCAGAAAGGCAACAUCAGUUGCCGCAUUAUUACCAGUUACUUAUGUGCUUAAUUAGACUACGUCUAAAUUUACCACUUCUCCUCCUAGCGGAUUUGUUCGAUGUAAGCUGUUCAACUGUAACAAGAAUAACAAUCACAUGGAUCUCCUACAUGUACCAGACUUUAGUCGCAGCAUUACUUGUCUGGCCAUCACAAGCAAAUAUUCAAGAAGGAUGCCACUGGAUUUUAAAAAGUCGUUCCCCAAUACCCGUGUUGUAAUUGACUGUUCUGAAUUUUUUAUUGAUCGG